CCCGCGGAGCCGGAUUAACCGUGCUGCUAAGGAGACAACUUUGUAGGAGCUGCUAAGAUGGGCAUGAGGAUCAAACUUCAAAGCACCAACCACCCCAACAAUCUGCUGAAGGAACUCAACAAGUGUCGGCUCUCGGAGACCAUGUGCGAUGUCACCAUUGUGGUGGGGAGCCGUUCCUUCCCAGCCCACAAGGCAGUGCUGGCCUGUGCAGCUGGCUACUUCCAGAACCUCUUUCUGAAUACUGGGCUUGAUGCUGCCAGGACCUAUGUGGUGGACUUCAUCACCCCUGCCAACUUUGAGAAGAUUCUGAGCUUUGUUUACACGUCAGAGCUCUUCACAGACCUGAUCAACGUUGGGGUCAUCUAUGAGGUAGCUGAACGUCUGGGUAUGGAAGACCUUCUCCAGGCCUGCCAUGCUACCUUUCCGGACUUGGAAAGCACAACUGUGGCCAAACCUCUGACCAGUACCAGUGAGAGCCAGUCUGGUACUCUGAGUUGUCCCUCGGCAGAUUCUGCCCAUGCACUUGGAGAACUCCGGAGCAAUGGGGAACAUUUUGGUCCUGAUAGAAACUAUGUGUUGCCAGCUGAUGCUGGAGGAAGUUAUAAGGAGGAAGAGAGAAAUGUUGCCAGUGACACUAAUCACAGCCUGCCUCUGCCACAGCCACCAUUGCCACCAAAGACAGAAGACCAUGAUACCCCGGCUCCUUUCAUAUCUCUUACUAGUAUGGCAUCCCAGCCAGUCCUAGGCACUGUCAGCAUGGGUAUCAGGACCAGCACCAGUUCUUGCCAACCCUACAAAGUGCAAAGCAAUGGGGAGUUCAGUAAAAACAGCUUCUUCCCGCCUGACAAUGCAAUUGACAUCACCACUGGGACCAAUUCCUGUCUGAGCAGUAGUGACCACUCCAAAGAGCCAGGCUUUGGGCAGAUGGAUGAGCUGCAGCUGGAGGACCUGGGGGAUGAUGAUUUGCAGUUUGAGGACCCCACUGAGGAGAUUGGGACAGUGGAAGAGGUGAUUGAGCUAAGUGAUGACAGUGAGGAUGAGCUGACCUUUGGAGAGAAUGAUAGCCGGGAGAAUAAGGCUAUGCUCUGCCAGGUGUGCAAGAAAGUUCUAGAACCUAACAUUCAACUGAUCCGACAGCAUGCUAGGGACCAUGUAGACCUGCUGACAGGCAACUGCAAGGUCUGUGAGACCCACUUCCAGGAUCGAAACUCUCGGGUGACCCAUGUCCUCUCCCACAUUGGCAUUUUUCUUUUUUCCUGUGACAUGUGUGAAACAAAGUUCUUUACCCAGUGGCAGCUAACACUUCAUCGACGAGAUGGAAUAUUUGAGAACAACAUCAUUGUUCACCCUAAUGAGCCCCUGCCUGGAAAACUGGGUCUCUUUUCAGGGGCAGCCUCCCCAGAGUUGAAAUGUGCUGCCUGUGGGAAGGCAUUGGCCAAAGAUUUUCAUGUGGUCCGAGGCCAUAUCCUUGACCAUAUGAACUUGAAGGGGCAGGCCUGUAGCAUCUGUGACCACCGCCACCUCAGCCUUUGCAGCCUCAUGUGGCACACGCUGUCCCACUUGGGCAUUUCAGUUUUCUCCUGUUCUGUUUGUGCCAGCAGCUUUGUGGAUUUGCACCUCCUGGAGAAGCACUUGGCUGUGCACCAAAGCCUGGAAGAUGCCCUCUUCCACUGCCACUUGUGCAGCCAGAGCUUCAGGUCAGAGGCUGCCUAUCGCUACCAUGUCAGCCAGCACAAGUGCAACAGUGGCCUUGAGGUGCGGCCUGGCUUGGGGCUGCAGCACCCAGCCCUCCAGAAGCGGAAGCUACCAGCAGAGGAGUUUCUGAGUGAGGAGCUGGUUCUGCAGGGCCAACCUGGGAACAGCAAAUAUAAUUGCAAGGUCUGUGGCAAAAGGUUUGCCCACACAAGUGAAUUCAAUUACCACCGGCGGAUCCACACGGGUGAGAAGCCGUACCAGUGUAAGGUAUGCCACAAGUUCUUCCGAGGCCGCUCGACCAUCAAGUGCCACCUCAAGACCCACUCAGGUGCACUCAUGUACCGCUGCACAGUCUGUGGCCACUACAGUUCCACCCUUAACCUCAUGAGCAAACAUGUCGGUGUGCACAAAGGCAGCCUACCACCUGACUUCACCAUCGAGCAGACCUUCAUGUACAUUAUCCAUUCCAAAGAGGCUGAAAAGAACCCAGACAGCUGACUGGGUCCCAGCAGAGCCAGGGGACUUCCUGGGUGGCAGCUAGAACAGUGGUUUUUCUGAUGGCUGUUGGUCUCUUCCCAGUUGAAGCUACAGUUUUUGCCUUGCUAGAAUUCUGUUCUUUGUUCUUUUUAGACAUAUAUAGCACAUAAGCUGUUACUGUUUUUGAGAAUGCGACAGCUCUGUUGCAUUUACCUCCAUACCUGUUCUGGCCCAGGAAGGGCUGUGCUUUUGAUUCUUUUGAGGCUGCUUUGGGGUCUAGUCAAGCAGUUGUGUGAACUAGAUUCCCUUCUAGCGUCUCUAGUUUUAGUUUACUGAUAGGUUUUAUGCUGCUAAGAAUCCAACCAACAGCCUCACAGGAUAAAGGAGAUGAAGAGAGGUCGCUGUGGGUAGACCUUCAACUGGGACAACUAGCUGUGAGAAGGACUGGGGGAAAGUGGUCAUUCAGAAAGGACUGGUUAGCAGAGCCACUCACCUCAGUUCUAGUGCCAACCUUUAGUAGGGAAAAGGCAUUAGGGAUAGAGGAGCCUGCUUGUUCUGUGGCCCUAAUCUGAUUGGCAGUGCAAAUCUUUUGGCAGCAAAGCUUUCUAUUUAGGUCACAAAGCUUUGGGAUGAGUCCUUGCCAGCAGAUGGGGUGAGUCCUAUAGUGCCACCAAAUGUGGCAACCUGGAUGGCAGAGAGGAGAAUCCUCUUUUCUCAUUUCCAAAGAAUUUUGUGGAAUGAUGGCCCAGGACAUCAAGAUUUCUCUGUUGGGCAGAGUGGACAGAAAAACACUUGGAUGUAAUUAUUUGUCAUUUUGGCUGCCUCCAGUGACCUUGAAUUUCCUAGUGGAGAACAGCAGAUGUCUCUGACAGCAGCAACCUUGCCUUAAUUUAUAUCCAGUCUCCCACCCAAGAGGGUUUGGCCUGUAACAUAGAUGAAAGAAUCCAGGAGGUGGAGUGUUGGACUGUGAGCCCUUGAGGGAUAAAGGGACUUGAGUAAUUGGUGGUGUGUAGCAGGUUGUGCAUCUGUCUGUCCCAGUUAGGUAACUUGUUUACUUUGUGUUAGCAGUGCUGAAGCUUUAACAGCUCACCUUUGACCUGCUGGAAUUGAUCCUGUGUCAUUGCAUCACCUUCAGGAGGUACUGUUGGAUGAUAGCUGGUUCAGGCCCUCCUCAGGCGGCCCAAUUCUUGUAGCUGUUUGGUUCCAUUCUUAGUUGUUCUCUAAAGGGGUCUUGCCCAAAGAAGGUUGGAGGGAGAGGGCCCUUGAUCUUGUAUUCUCACAUGGCGGCACCUCAGUAGCUCAUACUACCUCACCCUGCUUAGGCGAGCUCUGGGAGUCCUUAGCCACAGCCUGACUCUGCCCUUGGUGGGACUUAGCAACAUUUCAGGCUGUUUCACAAGAAGUAGUUUAACCCACAAAGCCUUUUUGGACAUUAAUAUUUAUUUAUUGUUUUGUUUUUUGUAUGCAUAUUACCCAGCAUCUCUUGGGUAAGAGACUUCAGGAAAAUUAAGUUCUCCCAAGCAAGUAGCCAUAUACCAGUGGACUGUCUUGGCCAGAGAUUUGGGGAAUAGCGAUGUAAUGAGGGGGAGACCACAUCAAGCCUUUUAAACAAGCCUUUUAAAUUUUCUUCCUGUAGGCAGUGGAUGUAAGUUCUAGAAUGUUGGGGCCCAGUUAAAUUCCCAGACCUUUCAUCUUCCUUCUGUCCUGUGAUGGAGUAGAUUAGGGACUGGGAUGAGGGGAUCAAAUCAGGUCUUAUGAAGGAGCUUUUUAUACACUUUUUUGUCCUUUCUGAAUUUAAGUGGGCUCCUGUUCUUGUCUUUCCUAAGACACACAGGUGAACCACAGCUCCAUCCCUGUUGGGCCUGCUGUUUCUCUUUCCAGCCCUGGAUUGAGCAAACCUUAGAGCACAGGGCUCUCUGUGGGCUUUCUAGUCUCCACCAGGUGAGAGGAUUGUGUAAUGGCUGGUUAAAGGCCCACCUUUUACCAUCUAAACCUGACUCAGAAUAUCUCAUGAUGAAAGCAGUGCUGAGACUUUUUACACUGACCAGUAGGAAUUUAAGAAGGGAGUCUAUAAUACUUGAGUAGUCAAGUAUCUGCUAUUCUCAAACAUGAAGGAUCCUCUGAGGCUUGAUAAGGACUGAGUUUUGAAUGGUUGCUGAGAGAGGUGGUACUUACUAGAACCCUGUCAGGUAGCUGAGAAUGGAUAAAUACAUGGAAGAAACUCUUUUUCUUAGUAGAGGGCAUCACAGAUGCUGGGUGAUUUGUAUACGUAACCUGAAACUGUGAAGUUUUCCCCUUGUGCCAGUAAACCAAAAAGCAGAUCCUUGAAAUUUUGCCCUUGAAACACUAAAAAAACUGCUCCCCCCUGAUUUCUCUGAGGAGAAAUGGUUGAUCAGGGAGGCCCAGUUGAUCCCAGUCAGACAUGUAGCAAGCAGGAUCAGUAACUGGUGAGGCACAGUGACCAAACCCUGUCCCUCUGGGCAUCCCCCACAUUCAUACAUGAACUUCCUAUCCACAUGAGGUCAUGUUUGCUUCCUCUGCCUCUAGCUUACUCUUUCCUGAGUUGUUUUACUUGAAACGCUGUAUUGUGGCAAAGGGCGCUCUAGGAUACCUGGUGAAGGUAUUUACUUGACUUGGUGGUAUUCAUUGGAUCCUGUUGCUGUCUAGUACUGCCCUCUGCUGUAUUACUCUGAAGUUCUGUUUGACCCUUGAAUGUUGUUUCUUUUCCUGUUUUCCCUUUUUGCUCAGUACUCAGGACCAGCUACAUAAUUCACACAGCCCUCUUCUUCACAGAGUAUUAGGAUUUUUAAGAUGGUGGUUGUAGAGCAUUAAACCAAAUUUGGGGUCAUUCCCAACUUGUUUCCUAAGGGGAAACAGCAAUACUUAAAUGGAAUGCCGGGAAAACCAUAGAGGCUACUUGUGGCCAGGGGAGGGGAUCAGUGUCCUGCACUCUAGUGACCCCUCAUGGUCCAUGGGUGCCUCAACACCCAUGGGAGUUCUAAACCCUAAUAUUUGAUACUAAAUCUAAAAUAUACAAGUCCUAUGAUUGAAUGACUAGUUGGGAAGAAAAGAGGUGAGGUAGGGAUUGGACCCAGGUGACCCAUAAGAACCAGGAAGUGGGUAAAGUUCUUUUUUAUUUCUCUUCUGACCCAUCAGCCCCACUUUGUUUUCAGGACAAACUUUUGGGCUUAGAUAUCUUUCCCCCAGUCAGGUUUUUACUACUGAAAAAUUUUCUUGCCUCUUGCUGUGUCCUAUUCCCCAGACCCCACACCCAUUGACUUUGAAAAUGAAUUUAAAUCCUUAUAGCUGGACACUGAUUUUGUUGGCAUGGGAGUGGGCUGUGUGGACAGCCUAGGCCUGUUUGGGUGUCCCUGUGUGUCCGUGUCACAAAAUCCUGCAUCAAAUGAGUCAGGAAGUAGGUGCUCACCGCAUUUGUUUCAGUGUGAUUAUGCAUCAUAAGCUUCACAUCAGAAUGAAAAUGAAGCUUUUGAUUUGAUGUUUCUUUAACAGU